AUGUCUGUCAAGUCCAAUGGAGUCCAGUUUUCCUACACGAAGGCACUGAUUUUAGUCGCGCUGGUGGCAUCGUCGGCUACUAGUGUGAUCACCACAGGAUCACCUGAAAAUGCCAUACACGGCUUGCAAGCUCUAAAUAGGCAGAAUGUCGGUCAUACUGAGGUCUCAAUCAAGCGUUACUUGAGAUCGAACGCAGAAAUGACCUCAAGUGAUCCUACCAGAAAUCCUGAAGAGAGGGUAGGCUUCACGUCAAGCUUCACAUCAAGCCUUUCCUCUCUCAAUGCCAGAAUGAAGACAAGUCUGUCAACGGUCAUCGAGAAACUGCAACGGUGGUGGUGGAGCCUGUGGCGGAAAUCCCCGAACUAUAUAUUUACUCGUUUGGGGCUUGGCUUUACAGAAGCCAAACUUUUCGAAAAUCCAGCCUUUUUCAAGUGGUUUGCUUUUUUGGAGUCAAGAUACCCGAACUCUGCAACUGAGGAGAUGUUCAAGGUCUUGGCAGGUCAUUAUAAGGACAAGGCUGUUCUUAUGAAAGUUCUAGUUGCAGGAACGACUUUGGAACGUACGAAAGAGAUCGCUGAUAAACUGCUUGAAAUCCAGUUCAAGAAGUGGAGGGAGAACCCUAGGACAUCUGUGAAUGAGGUUUUGACGUUUUUGAAACUCGCCGAGACAGGAGACGAACUAUUCGAGAGCCCAGUGUUGGACAAAUGGGUCGCUCUCGUCAAGAAUAUAUUUAAAGACGAGAAAAUAACACAUGAGAUCGUGUAUGUGAACUUGGCAGCGGAGUACGGGGAUGACGAGGCUUUUGCGAAGGCUCUUGCCAAAGGAAUCGCCGCCAACAAUCCCCUCGCUGAAAAACUGGAAGCCAUUCGACUAAGUCAUCAGGAAACGAAUAAUCCAAAAACAACCUUUACGUUUCUGGGCGACAAAUAG